AUGCUCUGCCGCGGCUGGAGCAAUUCACCCUGGAAAAAAGCGUGCUACCUGCCGGACUCAUUCCUCACCCUCUCACACCUCACCCAUCUCAGCCUGCACGAGCUCGUCUCUCUCGACGCACUCUUCGCCCCGGCUGCUACUGGCCUCGGUAUGCCAGGCACCCGAACUCAUCCACUUCUCGGCUUCUCGCUUGAUCCUCGACCUGGUCAGCCAGCCAGAUUGGCGCUGCUCUCGUCGCUGCAGCACCUCGCAAUCGUGGAAUCCACCCUGCCAUCGCUGCCUAGCAACCUCAACGACCUCUCAAGCCUCAAGGUGCUCAUUCUCGAAAAAUGUCGCUACAUGCCCUCCCUCCCCGCGUCCCUACCCCACCUUUCCAACCUUGAAAAACUCGUCCUGAAAACCCUCCCGCGCCUGGCGCGCCUGCCCAAGAAUCUCGGGCAGCUGAAGGCCCUGAAGGAGCUCACGGUGGAGUCGUGUGACGCGCUGGUGGGGCUGCCCGCGUCCAUGGGCCUGCUCUCCUCCCUCGUCCUCCUCUCCGUCACCGACUGCAACAAGUUCGCCUCUCUCCCCACCUCCAUCGGCUCCCUCCCCCGCCUCGCCUCCCUCAAGCUCAACUGUCUCCCCCGCCUGCGCCGCCUGCCUGACACUCUCUCCCUCCUCCCUGCCCUCAUGAUCCUCUCACUGGAAGACUGUGAGCAGCUGCAAGCGCUGCCGGAGGGGCUGGCGGGUGUGGGCAGGUUGAGGGAGGUGAAUGUGGCGGGGUGCUGCAAGCUCAAGCAUGUGCCCCAAUCGCUGCUGGCGAGGCAACACGUUAUCGACCUGCAGGGCCUUCGGUAA